CUUGAAGGCUGUUAAGCUUACGACCCUUUCAGAGUACUGACAUGAAAGAUAUAGAAUGACUUUGGGUCUAAUUAUCAAUUUUGGGGGUGAAGCGGGGAAAAGAACCUCGCCACUCAGAGCCAGAGGGGUUUCAUUCAAGGUGCCCUUCAACGUUUUUCCUUAGUCUUUAGAAGGAACUAGUAACGAAGGGAGCGCAGAAGAUGGGGUUUUGGCCUUUUAAACAUGUGAUCCAAGCGAGAGGGUCGGGACUAGAUCAGGGCAGCGGCCAACUCCGAGAAGGGAGUGUGGUCCUUUAGGGGUGUGUGCUCAGGGGCGGGGUCUAGAGCGGAAGUAGUAACUGCGGGACGAAGUCCGGCGGAUGAAGGGCGGAAGUAGAGUGUCUAAUCCUGCAGUGAUGGCGCAGGAAGAGGAAGAUGUUAGAGAUUACAAUUUGACUGAGGAACAGAAGGCGAUCAAGGCCAAGUAUCCGCCAGUCAAUAGGAAGUACGAGUGGGCAGAUCACAAGGCUGGAGUACAGUGGGGAGAAGAAUUUUCAUUGUCCAAGCACCCUCAGGGAACAGAAGUCAAAGCAAUAACAUAUUCGGCAAUGCAGGUCUAUGAUGAAGAGAAACCAGAAGUUUUUGUGAUCAUUGACAUUUAAGACACCAAAAAAGAAAAGACUCCUAUGAA